UUAUUAUUUUUUUCAUUCGCUUCACCCUUCACAAGCCAGUAUCUGUGUCUCUUCACUCUUUAUUCACUCUACUUUCCUUCCAAAACCUUUGAAAAAUCUGAUUUGCAUUCAACUUUUGUUUGUGAAAAGGGUUUUGGUGCGUUCCAGUGAUUGAUGAGAUUCUUUAAUCUAUUACUUUCUCUUAUAACUUACUUUGAAUGAUUGCUAAGUUUCUGGUGAUUCAAGCCAGUCAAUUGGCAGAAUUUGAUUUUCUAAGUCUUUAUUGUAUCUUGUGCAAUUGAUAGUAUUUGGCGUGCUUCUGGUUUGUUAGUAUUCAUUAAAGAAGAUGCAGAAGCCUCCACAAGCUGCGGACUUUGCUCUGAAGGAGACUUCGCCAAAGAUUGGGGCGGGAGCAGUCACAGGUGAUAAGCUGUCAUGCACCUAUGACCUUGUUGAGCAAAUGCAAUACCUUUAUGUCCGGGUUGUUAAGGCUAAGGACCUGCCCGGUAAAGAUGUUACUGGCAGUUGUGAUCCCUAUGUUGAAGUGAAACUUGGAAACUAUAAGGGAGUUACGAAGCAUUUUGAGAAGAAGAACAAUCCUGAAUGGAAUCAAGUUUUUGCUUUCUCGAAAGAGAGGAUUCAGGCAUCUGUUUUGGAAGUGGCGGUGAAGGAUAAGGCUGUUGUUUUGGAUGAUUUAAUUGGUAGGUUAAUGUUUGAUCUAAAUGAAGUCCCAAGAAGGGUUCCUCCUGACAGUCCAUUGGCACCACAGUGGUAUAGGUUGGAUGAUCAAAAGGGAGUGCGGGUUAAGGGAGAGCUGAUGUUGGCUGUUUGGAUGGGAACUCAAGCUGAUGAGGCAUUUCCUGAUGCUUGGCACUCAGAUGCAGCAAUGGUUGGCAGUGAAGCAGUUACAAACAUUCGGUCAAAAGUGUAUCUAUCUCCCAAGCUUUGGUAUCUAAGGGUCAACGUGAUUGAAGCUCAAGACUUGCAACCUGGUGAUAAAAGUAGGUUUCCAGAAGUUUUCGUGAAAGCUGUUCUAGGAAACCAAGCAUUGAGAACUAGGAUAUCCCAAACUAAGUCUAUAAAUCCAUUUUGGAAUGAAGAUUUGAUGUUUGUAGCUGCAGAGCCUUUUGAGGAGCCCUUGAUUUUGACUGUAGAAGAUAGGGUGGGAUCAAACAAAGAAGAAAUUCUUGGAAAGUGUUUGAUUCCUUUGCAUACAGUGCAAAGGAGAUUGGACCAUAAGCCUGUGAACUCUCGGUGGUUUAAUCUCGAGAAACACGUAAGUGUAGAAGGCGAACAAAAGAAAGAUACUAAGUUUGCCAGUAGAAUUCAUUUGAGGAUAUGUCUGGAGGGUGGUUAUCAUGUUUUAGAUGAAUCAACACACUACAGUAGUGAUCUUAGGCCAACUGCAAAACAGUUAUGGAAGCCAAGCAUUGGGAUGUUGGAGGUUGGAAUUCUUAGUGCUCAUGGGCUGAUGCCAAUGAAGACAAGAGAUGGGCGAGGAACUACAGAUGCUUAUUGUGUGGCCAAAUAUGGGCAGAAAUGGGUGCGAACAAGGACUAUUGUUGACAGCCCCACUCCAAGGUGGAAUGAGCAGUACACUUGGGAGGUUUUUGACAUAUGUACCGUCAUUACAGUAGGGGUUUUUGAUAAUGGCCAUAUAGGUGGAGGCGGAAAGGAUUCAAGAAUUGGGAAAGUGAGGAUUCGUUUAUCUACACUUGAAGCUGAUAGGGUUUAUACACACUCAUAUCCGCUUUUAGUCUUGCAAACUUCAGGGGUGAAGAAAAUGGGAGAAGUUCAGUUGGCUGUGAGAUUCACGUGCUUAUCUUUGGUUAACAUGAUGUAUAUUUACUCUCAUCCAUUGUUGCCCAAAAUGCAUUACCUUCAUCCAUUAUCUGUCAUUCAACUGGAUAGCCUGAGACACCAGGCUAUGCAGAUUGUCUCUAUGAGGUUGAAUCGAGCUGAGCCACCGUUGAAGAAAGAGGUUGUGGAGUAUAUGCUUGAUGUAGAUUCACACAUGUGGAGUAUGCGGAGAAGCAAAGCUAAUUUUUUCCGAAUUAUGAAUGUUCUAAGUGGGUUGAUUUCUGUCGGUAAAUGGUUUGAUCAAAUCUGCAAUUGGAAAAACCCUCUUACAACCAUUUUGAUCCACAUCCUUUUUAUCAUAUUGAUAAUCUAUCCUGAGCUCAUACUCCCAACAGUUUUUCUCUACCUUUUCUUGAUUGGCAUAUGGAACUUCCGCCGGAGGCCAAGGCACCCACCUCACAUGGACACGCGACUGUCUCAUGCUGAAGCUGCUCAUCCUGAUGAACUAGAUGAAGAGUUUGACACAUUCCCGACUUCAAGAGGAUCAGACAUAGUUCGAAUGAGAUAUGAUCGCCUGAGAAGUAUAGCAGGCAGAGUUCAAACUGUAAUAGGCGACCUGGCGACUCAGGGAGAAAGGUUUCAGUCUCUGCUGAGCUGGAGAGACCCCAGAGCAACCACUCUAUUCAUAACUUUCUGUUUGAUUGCUGCUGUAGUUGUCUAUGUUACCCCAAUCCAAGUUAUAGCCCUCCUCCUCGUCUUUUAUUUGUUGAGGCAUCCGAGGUUUCGCCACAAACUCCCAUCCAUUCCUCUCAACUUCUUCAGGAGGUUACCGGCACGUUCGGAUAGUAUGCUGUGAGCAGGUCUCACUGACCCUCAGCUGCACAGAUUCUGCAGCAGGAAACCAGUAGUGGCAAAUGAAAAUCUGAAUGAAUUUUAGGUUGUAAUUUGCUUAUGUUGUUUAUUGGAUUCUGUUGAUUGAUUAAUGUUGUUCAUGUGUAUGUAAACUUGCAACUUUUAUAAAUUUCUGCUACCUAAUUUAUGUUUGUAAUA